AUGUGUGGAGGCGGGAGGCGGAGGCGGAGGCGGGGAAGCGACCCGGGAUACAGAAUCAAAAACAAGAACCCCACACAAAGUUGUGGGGAAUUAUGGAAACACCAUGCUUAUGGGACAAGAUUUCAAAGUCCUUUGCGGAAGCUAUGUAACCUGCCAGUCAACCAUGCAUGGUUGAUCAGGAAUUUGCAGAAGAAGCUUGUGCAGAAAGACAAGGAGAUUGCUGAGACGAAUGGGAGAGAGAAUCACAAGGCCUCGUUGAUCAGGGAUUUGCAGAAGCAGCUUGCGCACAAACAGCAGGAGACCGCUGACACGAUUAAGGACAUUGUUGAGACGAAUGAGAGAGAGAAUCACAAUGUCUUGCUGAUCAGGGAUUUGCAGGAGAAGCUGGCACAGAAAGAGAAGGAGACGAAUGAGAGAGAGAAUCACAAGGCCUCCUUGAUCAGGGAUUUGCAGAAGCAGGAUUUCGAGAAAGGCAAUGAUGAGCUCGCACAGCGAAUUCAUUUACAGCCGCAGGUUGAUGGGGAGACUUGGCAAUUUCGAGGUGACAGCAGAGAGUGGAUCUCGUUCCCCGACUGUCCGAACAAAGAACUCAUGGCCAAAUUUCGAGAAGGCCAUGAGUGUUUCAAGAUUGUCAUAGAUGGUAGAACCUACGAAAUCGACUUCAACAAGUUCUCCCAGAAGAACGUGCGCACCAAAAAGGAGCGAGAGAUCCGCUGCUUCGUCGACCUUCCAAGCCAUUGGCAAAUGACCACCGAAGAUGCGUUGAAGUCGAAGUUUCUCAAGGAUAGUCUGCAGAUACCACCUCUCAAUUCUAGUUUUCUGCAGCAACCGCCGGCUGCCGCUGGGGUGCUCCCCCCACAGAGAUCUCCCAACUUUGUGCAGCUGCAUGCAGUGACUGAUCAAGAUAUGAAGUCAAAAGUAGCAAACCUGCUGAACAGAUCACUUUCCCGCAAUGAUGGAAGCCAUUGCGGCUGCCUUCAUGGAAGCUCAAAUUUUGUUGUCGCAGAAGCUUACCAGGUCAACAAUCUUCAUUUGUGGCGACGGUACCAACGAUGUGUGAGAUCCAUUCAGGACAAACAUAAGCUGCAUGGAAUCUUCCCUGAAAGCAUCAGUCCGUCAGUGGGCAAAGCCUUGACUGAGUUUGCCCGGGAUCUCACUGUUGACCUCGCUGGCAAUGAGCGGCUUCUGUUGCAUGGAACUCGAGAUUUUGAUCUUGCGAGAGCCAUUGCAACAGAAGGUUUCGACAAUCGGGUGGCUCGGGAUGGCCUUUUCGGAAGGGGAACCUACUUCGCAGCCCAGACCUGCAAGAGCGCUCAGUAUGCCACUGAAGAUGGGUGGAAGAAGAUAGCAUCACCGCAGAUGGUGGGAACAAUGCUCAUUGCCCGUGUGGCAAUCGGGGACCCUUUCUACACACCAGAGCCAUGUCCUGCAGACUUGUCAAGACCUCCAGAGAAGAAUGGUGUGCGCGCUGACUCCAUAAUUGCACGACCUGGCAUUCCGAAUGGUCAGCCUGCUGGAGUCCAGAGCCACAUGGAGGUUGUGACCUUUGACCCGGGACAGGCCUAUCCCGAGUUCAUUGCUUUCUCAACGGAACGGCUGUGGUUUGUAGAUGAUUAUGACAUUCUCAUCACCCGGAAGGAACCCAUUCGCUGUUUCAUGUCGUUGCUGGAGCAAUGCCCGGCCAAAGUUGCAGAAAGCGACUGGGAGGUAAAGGCGCCCAGUCAGCGCCUCCAUGAGGUAUUCUUCCAUUGCUGUAGAGUCCGUAUGCCUUUAGGGGUCAUUGUUGAAAAGUACCCUGGCUUGAUUGCUCCAAGUUUGCUUGGACUUCUUGGCGUGUUAGUUGUUUUUUUUGCGCACUACGAGAAGAAAAUCAAGGCUCUUCAGAGUCACCUGCUUGAGGCCAAAGAAAAGAUUGUGCAGAAAGACAAUCAAAAGGACUCGUUGAUCAAGGAUUUGAAGAACCAGCUUGAGCAGAAAGACAAUGAAAAUGCCUUCCUCAUCAAGGCGGAAGAAGAGAUGGCGCAGAAAGAGUUCGAAAAGGCCUUGUUGGUCAGGGAUUUGCAAAACCAGCUUGAGCAGAAAGGGAAAGAAAAUUCCUCCCUCAUCAAGGCCAAAGAAGAGAUUGCGCAGAAAGAGAAUGAAAAGGCUUUGUUGGUCAGGGAUUUGCAGAAGCAGCUUGCACGGACGGAAAAGGAGUUUGUGGAGAAAGCGAAUGAACAUGCCUCAUUGGUCAGAGACUUCGAGAAGGAGCUUGCACAACAAGUCAAUGAUGAGCUUGUGCAGCGGAUUUACUCACAGCCGCAGGUUGAUGGGGAGACUUGGCAAUUUCAAGGCGACAGCGGCGAGUGGGUCUCGUUCCCAGAUUACGCGAACAAGGUGUUGAUGGUGAAAUUGAGAGAAGGCCAUGAGAUGUGCGAUAUUGUCAUAGAUGGAAAGACUUACGAAAUCGACUUCAAGAAGUCCUCUCAGAUGAACCAACGUACCAAAAAGGAACGGAUAAUUCUCUGUUUCUUCGACUUCCCGUCGCAUUGGCAGAUGACGAACAAAGAUGCGUUGAAGCUUCUCAAAGAAAGUCUGCAGGCACCUCCCUUGAAUGGUCUGCAGCAGUUCUCGUGGCAACGGCUGCUGGGCCGCAGCGCAAAUAGAUCUCCCACUUUUGUGCAACCACUGUUUCCCGUCACUGACCAAGAUGUGAAGUUGCGGCUGGGAGAGUUGCUGAACAAAUCACUUUCCCGCCAUGAUGGGGGCCAAUGCACCUGCCUCCACGGAAGCUCAAACUUCGUUGUCACAGAAGCGUACCAGGAGAUCAAUCCAUCAGUGAGCGAAGCAUUGAUUGAUUUUGCCCGGGAGCUCAAGGUCGACCUCGCUGGCAAUGAGCGGCUUCUGCCGCAUGGGACGCCAGAUUUUGAUCGUGCGAAAGGUAUUGCAACAGAAGGUUUCGACAAUCGGGUGGCUCGGAAUGGCCUUUUCGGAAAGGGAACCUACUUCGCAGCCCAGACCUGCAAGAGCGCCCAGUAUGCCACCCCAGAUGGAAUGAAAAGCAAAGCAUCACCGCAGAUGGUGGGGACCAUGCUCAUUGCCCGUGUGGCAAUCGGAGAUCCUUACUACGCGCCGCGCGGAUGUCCAGACCUGUCACGACCUCCAGAAAAGAAUGGCGUGCGAGCUGAUUCCAUCAUUGCAAAACCUGGCAUUCCAAACGGUCAGCCUGCUGGAGUCCAGAGCCACAUGGAGGUUGUGACCUUUGACCCGGCGCAGGCCUAUCCCGAGUUCAUCGUCAGGUUUAUGGAGGAGUGA